CACAGUCUACAUUAACUUACUCAUUUCUUUUUCUUCAACUUGCUGUUUUAUUUUCUUCUUUCUCAUCGUACGAUGUCGGAUACCAGUGGCUCCUCCGUCACCGACGGCGGCGAGAUUAUGUUGUUUGGCGUGAGAGUGGUGGUGGAUUCCAUGAGGAAGAGUGUGAGUAUGAAUAACUUGUCUCAGUAUGAACAACCUCAUGAAAACAACGGUAACGAUAACAACAACAACAACAACAAGAAGGAUGACGUGGUGGCUGCUGGUUACGCCUCUGCUGACGACGCUGUUCCGAACUCUAGAGCGAGUCGCGAGCGGAAGCGAGGAGUGCCUUGGACGGAGGAAGAGCAUAAGCUGUUCUUGUUAGGGUUACAGAAAGUAGGGAGAGGAGACUGGAGAGGAAUAUCUAGAAAUUUCGUUAAGACAAGAACUCCAACACAGGUGGCUAGUCAUGCUCAGAAGUACUUUCUUCGCCGGAGCAAUCUCAACCGUCGACGCCGCCGAUCUAGCCUCUUUGAUAUCACUACAGAUUCGGUGGCGGAUAUUCCAAUAGAGGAUGAGCAAGUUGAUCAGCUAGACAACAAUACAUCGGCGACUCUGCAGCAGCUUGAAACAAACAACUUUGCUGUGAUGCGUCCUGUGCCUGUAGCUUUACCGGUAACGACUGAGAAUCCAAUGGAAAAUCUGACAUUAGGACAACUCAAUCAAUCAAUCAUAAUGGGGACAAAUCUCGUCCGCCCAAUUCCUGUGGUUCCAGCUCCUCAAGCUGUAAAAAUGUCCGAUCUUAACUUGAAUUUGAAUCUAAUGAUGGAUCCAUCGCCAUUGUCCCUUAAGCUGUCCUUGCCGUCGGGUCAAAGGGAAUCUUCAUCAUCAAGGCAUUCAGCUUUUCAGGUGAUGCCCACCUUAAAUAAUGGGGAUGGCAAUAACAUGAUCAGUGUUGCUUGAGAAGGGAAAUAAGAGUUGAAGGAAAGGUGGAUAAUUAGAGGGAGAUGAUGAUAAGAUAAUUAGGUGACUGUUAAUGAUCCUUUGUUGUUGUACAGAGCAUGAAAAAGACUAUGAUUUCCUGUUGCUGUGUUGUUGGUUUUAUGAUGGAAUUAUCUUUAAUUCUUGCUAAUUUGUCUGUUUGUCCAGUAUAAUUAAUAUAACUGAUGAUAAACCUUAUAUUCUCCUUUCAUUAUGAUCUUGGUAGAUCUGUUGUCUGACAUCUAGUGGUGUUGAUCACUUUAUGAAGGAAAAUAUCAAGUUGGAUGUUAGUGGUAGGGAAGCAUUUUUUUAUCUUCUCUCUUUUUUAUGUGAUUGAAUUUUGGGAAUGAAUGUGGUAUUGAAUAUGGUCCUCA